CACAGGCACCGAUUCCGAUAAGGGGAGUCAGAGUACCCUUGUAGAAAGCGGCGGGGCCCUCCUUCUUGAAGAUCUGGGUCGCGCAGUCCAAAGCACUCUUAUACUGAGAGGUGGUCUGCAGGCGGACCUUUACGAUAUCUGCGAUACCGGCGUUAGAAAGGCUUCAUAAUGGGCGGGAGACACUUGUGCGCCGAGAGCCACAAACCAAAAGGUUGGCCUGUAAUUGUGAGCGUUAGCAAUUGCAUACAUGGGAUGAGUCUGGAGUUUUAGCGUCGAGGCCGAACAAGCAUCCAAUGCGACUUAGGCCUCAUCAGACACUCUCAUCCGUUUCCCGAAGCGCAGCCCACUUACCCAGCAGAACUUGAGCCAUUCCACCAGCGGCGCCCGCGGCCAAAUCCUUGACGGUGCGGAGGGCAUCGGUGCUCUUCUCCAGAUCGUCGAAAGCUUCAGACUCCAUGAUUUCCGGACCAAUCAGAUAGUCGAUAUUGUCGCAAUGGAAAGAAGAGAUGGUUUCUCCAGAUGUCUCCAGGUUUGUCCGUUUAUAUCAGGAACCAGGGACCUUAUCGUGAUGGCGCCAUCUGCAUUCUGAUUCGCACGCAGCGCCGACUUGCGGGAAAGCGGAGGGGCCUUUGCCGUCGGGAAACUUACGUAAGCGCGGCAAAAAAAGCGCCUACGAACAAUUCGGAAAAAGUGGAGUCCGUUCGGAGAUCCGCUGGUCAACUCGUGCUUGACUACUGGACUCCGCUGGAUUUUGCUGGAUUCCGAUGAGGAAAGCUUGUCAUAAUUACAGCUAUGCACCGCCGAGUAGUCUGGAGGCUCUCGCGCCGCGUUGAUUUAUCGUUAUCCACCUCCUCAUCCUCGCUGACUUUACCGUGUUCACGGACAUUUCGAUCAUGCGCAGUCCGAUCAAAUUCUGAGAAUGGCGCCGGAGACGGGACUAGUGAUGGUGCAGCGUCAAGCUCACCAUCGCCGGCGCCCAAGUUCGGAAAUCGAUGGGGUGCCAGACAGUCCUCCAAGCCAACGGGUCUAAGCCCAGCAGAGCAGGCCUUGCGCGACGCCAUCAUGGCCAAGAGCAAGCCGCCUCCUCCUCCUCCAGAAGCACCGAAAGGGCCAUUUUCUGAAAAGAGGAUACCUGGGACACAAUUUUACGUCAACAACCAAAGCAAACAAUCCUUUGCCCGCUCCUCGAAUCAGCCCGUCGACCACCAGCAUAUGCACAACAGAGUCCCUCGGCACUUGAAGAAUCCCCCCCGGGCAGGAACUGGACAACAUCGAACUAAUCGCGAAUGGACCUGUCAAAGCUGCACUAGUCUUGUCUUUGCGCGGCACAAAACCUGCCCGUUCUGCCAGACACCGCGACAAGAUCCUCCUCGGCCUCCCAGGCAGGAACAGCCACGAAUGAAACGGGACUGGGACUGUCCCGGCUGUGGACACCAUGUGUUUGCGAGACGUGACGCGUGUACCUCAUGUGGUACCCCGCGGCCUGACACGCAACCCUCGGAGACACGUUCGUCGAGGGAGGAUGGUGCACGUAAUGGCAAGCUGCGCAGUCUUGGCCAGUCCAUUCUUGCCGACGCCCGCGAGGAAGAUCCAGCUCUAGCUAGGGGAUCACGAAAGACACAAUUUGAUCAAACGAGUCAGCAAGAGAAACCAAACCGAACACCACAAAGUGAAGGCCGUGAGGCUCGUGGGCGAAACGAGACGAAAAAGGAGAACGAGAAGGAACUCGACAAGAAGGAUCAAUGGUCUUGGGAUAUGUCUGCAUUGGAUCAGCUGGAAGCUAUUGAAAUGCAGCAGCCACCCGUUGACACGCAGAAGAAACCCAAGAAACGCGACGGACGGAAAGACCGCGGGACAUCGGAUGAGGGUGAUUUCGAUCCCGAGGACCGUAACCGUCGUCGUGAGGAUCGCAAGCGCCAGAAGAAGGCGAAGGAGGAGGUAACUGCCAUCCCUCUGCACCUUCCCGAGUUCAUCAGUGUCAGUAACUUGGCCGAUGUCAUUGGCGUACGACAGGCCGAGUUUGUGGCCCGCAUGGAAGACAUGGGCUUUGAGGAUGUGACCUACAAUCACGUCUUGGAUGCGGAGACCGCUGGUCUGGUGGCCGCCGAAUUCAACUACGAAGCCAUCUUCGAUACUGGUUCUGAGGAUAUCGAGGCUGCACCGGUGCCUGUCGACACAUCUGACCUACCUCCUCGCCCACCAGUGGUGACGAUUAUGGGACACGUUGAUCACGGUAAAACUACCAUUUUGGACUGGUUGCGAAAGUCGUCCGUGGCAGCCACCGAGCACGGUGGUAUCACUCAGCACAUCGGCGCUUUCUCCGUGGCCAUGCCUUCUGGCAAGACGAUUACUUUCUUAGACACCCCGGGUCAUUCUGCAUUCUUAGAGAUGCGCAAGCGUGGUGCUGAUGUGACUGAUAUUGUCGUUCUCGUUGUGGCUGCGGAUGACAGUGUCAAGCCACAGACCAUCGAGGCUAUCAAGCACGCCACGCAAGCCAAGGUCCCUAUCAUCGUCGCGAUCAGCAAGAUCGAUAAGGAAGGGCGUAACCCCGAACGAGUAAAGCAAGAUCUGUCGAUCCACGGUGUUCACGUUGAAGACUACGGUGGUGAUGUCCAGGCCAUUGGUGUUAGCGGUAAGACGGGUGAGGGCAUGAUCGAGCUCGAGGAAGCCAUCGGUGUCCUUUCGGAGAUGCAAGACCAUCGUGCCGACACGACCUGCAACGCCGAGGGCUGGGUCAUCGAGGCGACUACCAAGAGCUACGGUCGUGUGGCUUCUGCUCUCAUCCGCCGUGGUACCCUCCGCCCUGGCGAUGUCAUUGUUGCUGGGCAGACUUGGGCUCGCGUGCGGACACUUCGUAAUGAAGCCGGUCUGUCUAUCGACGAAGCCACUCCCGGCAUGCCAGUUGAGAUCGACGGUUGGAGAGAUCAGCCUGUUGCCGGAACGGAGAUUCUGCAGGCUCCGACUGAGCAGAAGGCCAAGGAUGUUGUGGCAUAUCGCCAGGACCGGGCAGACACCCAGAAGCUCGGUGAGGAUAUGGUUGCCAUCAACGAGGCCCGACGAGAGCUCCAUGAGAAACGCAGGCAGGAAGAUCAAGAUUCGGAGGAGGCUACCCCUGUCGAGUCGUCCGGUCCGAAGGCCAUCAACUUCAUUCUCAAGGCCGAUGUGGACGGCUCCGCCGAGGCCGUUCUCAACUCGAUCGCCGCCGUUGGCAACAACGAAGUGUACGCGAACGUUCUGCGCUCCGGUGUCGGUCCCGUGACCGAGUUUGAUAUCGAACACGCUGCCAGUGCCAAGGGUAAAAUUAUCUCGUUCAACAUGCUCAUUGACCCCAACAUGGCCCGGCUAGCCGAACAGGAGUCUGUGGACAUUAUGGAUCAUAACAUCAUCUACAAGCUCAUCGACGAUGUGAAAGACGUUUUGAGCGAGCAUCUCGCACCUACCGUUACUCAGCGUGUGACUGGUGAAGCCGAGGUUGGUCAAGUGUUUGAGAUCACCGUGAAGGGUCGUGACAAGACAUCUAUCGCUGGAUGUCGUGUGCGUAACGGUUUGAUCAACAAGACCAAGAAGGUCCGAGUCAUCCGCGGCAAUGAGACCGUCUACGAUGGCACCAUGACCUCUCUGAAGAACGUCAAAAAGGACGUUACCGAGAUGCGCAAGGACACCGAGUGUGGUAUCGCCUUCGAAGGCUGGACCGACUUCGCCGUCGGCGAUCAUAUCCAGUGUUAUGAAGAGAUCUUUGAAAAGCGUCAUCUGUGAUCUGAGCCUUGAUGCUCUUCGGUUUCACAGGCUUUAUACGACAAUCAGUCGUUGUAUUUUUAGCCUUUGGGCGGCCAUUUUCCCCCCUUCUCUCAUGUCUUUUAACCUUCAUCUUUGUACUAUAUGCCCCCCUUCUCCACAUCGACAUGGUUUGCAUCCUUCAGGCGUUGUUCGAUAUACAUCACACCAUUUCUGGAGACAGUUACACUUGGAGAUGGAGAUAGAUGCAGUCAUAAUUCAUGUACAGUAUAUAGAGCUGAAUUUCAUCCAGCAAGCUUCCUGACCCAACGUAUAUACGCCAUUUCUCAUAUGCGUCGAAUAGUUUGUCCGUCGUUAUAGUUCUUACUUUGCCUUCCACCUCACCCUACCAACCCACUUGGCCCAAUCCUGUACAUCUUGCCUCGCCAUAAUCCGAUUGACAGUAUAAUAUUCCCGCGCCAGCUCUUCAUUAGUCGCCAUACGAUGCACAAAGCUAUGACAAGCACGGCACAACCACGCAACGCUAUUCAGCGUCCACUCAUCAUGCCACCCCCUCUUCAGCACUUUAGCAUGUACCCCUCGAGGAAUGAGAUGAUGAUACGACAGCGGGAUCCAGUCGCGCUCACAGAUUUCGCAUUCCGCUGUGCGCGUGGUGCUCCAUACCGGCGGCGCACUGGUCACACUUGUAGUGUACUCGCUGAGUAUCGGGGAGAGGAAAUCGGGGAGGUCGUUUGUGUCCGGGACUAAACCGUAGGCCGAGAGGGUGUCUGGCACCGUGCCGGGGAUGAUAGCGCAGAGCGAGUCGAGGGUGGUGCGGUCUAGAGGUGUAUCUGCGUCUUCGGGGACGUAAAGCGAUGCUAGUUGUUGGUCAUGCUGGAUUGCGGCAUACGAGAGGGUUCGAAGGGGCUCGGGGAAGGAGGUGAAGGUUUCCGUCGCGAUGAACUGUGGUGAGCUUGCGAGUCAGCUUUGAAGCUUCAUUUGGACCCAUCUCGAAGCAGCAUCUGCACGGAACUCGAGAGAAGGA